AUGGGUGCGAUUGUCUAUACCACUUUGGGAACGCUCCUCGCCCUUGCAUUGUAUGGCGCAGGAUACUUGAUUUUUACAGGCUCGGGCGACCAGUUUGCCGUAAAUACAUUUCUUGAGCAAACAAGUCCGUAUGUGUGGGCCAACACGGGGAUUGGUUUGUGCAUUGGUCUCAGCGUAGUGGGUGCCGCAUGGGGUAUCUUUAUAACCGGAUCUUCGAUUCUUGGUGCCGGCGUCCGCGCGCCGCGGAUCACGACAAAGAAUCUGAUCAGCAUCAUCUUUUGUGAAGUUGUGGCCAUCUAUGGUGUCAUUAUGGCAAUUGUGUUUUCUGCCAAGAUUACAGGGCGACUAGAAGACGGAAUCAAUGGCCUUUGGACACCUGAAAACUACUUUACGGGCUAUGCGUUGUUCUGGGCCGGUCUUACUGUCGGCCUGUGUAACGUGGUAUGUGGUGUGUCGGUUGGUAUCACUGGUGCGAAUGCAGCAGUGGCAGAUGCGGCCGAUCCGCAAUUGUUUGUAAAGAUUCUUGUGGUUGAGGUGUUUAGCAGUAUUCUUGGGUUGUUUGGCCUCAUUGGUACGUAUGCCGUCCCUGGCUUUUUUUUUCAUCUUGGUGACUCCAACCAACUGACACAUUUGCUUCACAGUUGGCCUCAUUAUGGUAUGCGAUACUUUCAUCUUAUGGACACUCACGCGUCUUCUUAG